GGGCGGAGGAGGAGGAUGAUAAUAUGGUGGCCUGGUUGGUCCUUUCGGCGCGUGCGCACUGCGGUGUUUGUGUAUUCUGGCUGCGCGGUGGCGGCAGCGUCGGCGGCUCCGGGGGAGGGGGGGGAAGAUGGCGGCGUCCUCGCUGGAGCAGAAACUGUCCCGCUUGGAGGCCAAGCUGAAGCAGGAGAACAGGGAGGCCCGGAGGCGCAUCGACCUCAACUUGGACAUCAGUCCGGCCCGGACUCGGCCUAGUAAGGGAGGCUUUGAGGGGGGAAACGGGGGCGGCGGCAGGGGAGGCUCCGCGGAAGGCACCCCCCCGCUUGGGCGACUGACACGGGCCCGCCUGGGCAGGAGCCCCGGGGCCGGAGGGAUGCGGGGCGGGGAUGGGAAGAGCCGAGCUGCCCCGGAGAGGGGCCGGUAGAGAAAGGUCCUCCCGGAGAAGCGAAGGGGUCGGGAAACCCGGGGCGGGGAAACAAGGGGGCUCUUGUUUACCACGGAGUCUGAGGGAGGUGGAGGCCCAAGGCCAGGACACACCGGGGCAGGGAGAAAGAAGACCCAGGGGAAAGGUAAAGAAUCCAGUGGGGAAGGGACUUGGAGGAAGGCGUGGGCGUGGGGGGCGGGGAAGAGUUCGAGAAGGAAGAAACAUGUAGGGAACAGAGUUGGGACCUGGGACCUAGUGCCCGGGCUAUGAUCUGCGUGUGGGUUUUUAUAGGGUGGAAGGAGAAGAAAUGAGUGUAUCAGUGGGGGGCACCGACAGGAGGUCAUUGGGGACCUUAGGUUAAUCGAUCUUCCUGGGAAUCGGAAACCACCUGUGUGUCGAGCUUAUGAUGUGAUGGCGUUAGUGGACCGUGGUUCUUUGAGAUUUUCUUUAAAAAUGAGGACAGUACUUAGAGCUCAGAGUUGCUUUCCUGAGGCCAAGAGGAGUUCCCAUGUACUGUAUUCUGAUUAGAAAAACUGAUAUACAAGGAGUUAUACUGUAACUGUUAUACUGGAGGAAGUAAAAGUGGAUUUAGGAUCCCCCAAUUGCCGUAUUAUAACUAUGUUUUUAAAGUUAGGGAAGUCUAAGCAACUGCUCACACCCUGCAGUGGAGAGGGAGGAGGGGUGGGUUAGGAAUACCAUGAAAUAGCGAUAUGCUGUGCUCAGAAAUGUCCCCAAGUGUAUGCUUCUCUAGAUCAGGUUCCUGUCAUUUGCUGGACUAGUAUCUUUUUGUAAACAAAGAAGUUCACAAGAGCUCUUUAUUUAAGUUCUAAUUUAAAUACAGGAAAGUUCCAUAUUGUGUAUAUAGCAGUGCUUCCAAAACUCAUAUGGUUUCCCCACCCCAUCUUGGAUUAAAAUUGAAUGCAUCUUUCACCCCAUACUCAGAUGUGUGUCAGGGAUCCUUCUUGUGUCAUAGUCUAGUUAAUAGUGCAUCUUGGUUUACUGUUUCUGUUUAGUUAUCUUCAUUGGUGUUUCUAGGAAGACCAAGCACUUGCCAAUUGUACCAUGAACUAUGGCAAGGACUUACCUGUAGCUUCCAUAUGCUGAGGGAUAUAGACAAGUGUAGGCAUCCAAUAUGGUGACUUAAUUCUUUCAAGACACACUUCAGCCUCUCUCAUGACACAUUAGAUGCUCCAGCAUGCAGUUUGGGAAUCACUGAUAGCAAGAUGUGAAUAUAUUCACUUGAGAAGAGAGCUGAGAGAGGAACUUAAUUAUUUGGCAUAUUUAUAGGCCUCCCUUUAAUAAAGUUGUCAGGGUUGUUCACAGCCAGAAAAGCUCAGUCAGUAGAAUAGAGUAUGGGUCAAAACCUACAAACUUGAGCUACUGGUUUUGAACAGACUAAAAUUUUCAUGAUCAACCAACAGCUCAAGUUUUUAUGCUUACUAUAGCUGUUUGACCCAUAUUUUGAGAUACAGAGCUGAAAUUUAACAUGGAAUAAUAUUUUUUUGUACCACUGAAGGAUUUCCCCCUGUAAUUGUAUUGUAUUGCUACUAGUUUACUUGGCACACAGGACAAAAUAUUAGAAAGUGUAUUGAUAACAUGUAUAAGUUUGUCAUAAGCAACAUAGAAUGUAUAUUACAAUGAUAGUGACAUUGAAAAGAUUUGGGAUAUUUUUAAAUCUGAUUUCUAAUUGUUUGGCAAUCCUAGCUGUAUAGUCUGUCUCUGUGAAUAAGGCACUUACUUGUGUGGCCAAGGUGAAAUUGCCAGGGCGAGAGUGAAAUGAACAAAAAAUCUAAAUCAUAAAUAUUUUCUGACAAGCCAAUGGCUUAAUAGGUUGAUCAGAGUACCUCUGAUAGUCUUACUGUGGUUGGAGCAAAUCUCCAAUUAUAACAACUGAGAUUUAAGCAUGCACAGCUCCAAGUUUUGGUGCAGACACAGGGCUCUUACCUGUGCAGGUAGGUAGACUCUACCCCAUUCAGCAUAGUGCCUGGGAUGUCUCUGUCCCUGCAUUUGCUUCUACUGCAUGCAUUUGCCUGCUGCUGGAGCAGAAUCCAGAAGUAGCUAUGUCACUGAGAAAGGGAGAAGAUUUCCCUUUAAAGUCAGUUAGAGGAGGAAAAAUGUGAAGCUCAUCUGUUCCUCACUGCUUUUAAAGUUGAAUUACCUCUGGAGCAUGGGAGCUAUUUCAACACUGUCUGGACCUGCAGUGCCGUGAUAAUAUGCACAAACAAACAUCAUGUGAGUGGAUGCUUAUUUAUUAAUUUUGAUGAUUUAUGUCCCACCUUUCAAUCAAACAAUUUUCAAGGCAACUUACAAGCAGGAGGUAACAAUACAACCCCCCACCCCCACCCCCAAUUCACACAUACAAUCUAGCAGCUGCUGGAUGGGACCAGAGCUUGCUUUUCAUCAGCUCUCUAGUCUCAGGGCAACUGGCAAUUGAAGUUGAGUGUUCUUUCUAGAAGCAAGGGGGAGGGAGGAAGCAAAUUCCGGCAGCUGCUCAUUCUCUGGCUGAUGAAUGGGGCCAGACUGGUCUCCCUUUUGCCUUACUUCCUGUGAGGCAGGGGGUGCAGGUUCCCAGUGGCCCUGCUGUCCUGGCCAGAGAUAGAAUGGGAUUCUCUUCUGUUUUCUGGUCCUUGUAUUACAUGAUCUCUGCUGAGAUUGAAAUUGGAAUGUGGUUGUUUCUUAUCCUGGUGGUGUGGGAAGUAAUUCGAUUAUCCCAUGCACCCACGUGGUUCUUGUAUCUACAUAGUACUGGGGUUUUCUGAAUCCAGGAUAUAGACGAGCAGUUCCAAUAGUCUAAUGCUAAUAUUUGAAUUGUUCUUUAAUAUCCAAUAAAGAACAAAGAACAGAUUCAGUUUUGAGCCACUUUUCAAAUCAGCUCACCUGGUGCAAGAUGUCAGGGGCGGGGGAUGGGAAGGGAUGCUUUAGCUCCUACAACUAGUUGUGGGUUUAAUGUGAGUGUAAUGCUUUCUGGUUCCACUUUCCAUUGUGGUUUUGUGGCUUGGAUGUAGCUUCUUUCAAUCCUGAGUCUAGAAGCUGGAAGUGGAGAUUACACUGUGUAUGUUACCAUAGGUUAAUAGGUUAUGUGUGUGUAAUUAGUUAGGGGAGGUUUCUGAUAACCCUUCCAUGUAUUCAGAGACUAUGUGAGGAGGAUUGUGGGGCUGCAUGAGCUAAUCCUGGCUCUAUUGCAGCAUCUAGCAGCCCUGUACCCCACACUUUAUUAUGUGAAAAGAGGCUUGCUAUACAUAUAAUAAUAAUAAUAAUAAUAAUAAUAAUAAUAGUUAUUUAUUUGCUACCCAUCUGACUGGGUUACCCAACACUGUGGGAGGCUUCCAACAAAAUAGGAAACCACGGUAAAACAUCAGUCGUGUGCAUCAAGGUUCUCCACAUAAGUUGGGAUCUUGAUGCACAGAUGUUGGUAUAUUUGUAGAGCCCCUUCUCCUGUGUGCUAAUUGCAGGUGAGUGGGCCUUCCUGCUGUGUAAUUGGCAAGAGCCAAUUCCUGCUCAUGUGGUUCUGCAAACCCCUUAACUUUGAACACAUGGGGAGAGUCAUUGAACUAACCCCCCAUCCAAUCGAAUAGCCAUUUCUGAUCUAGGCUUUCUAAAUAUUUAUUCAAUGUACUUCUGUUUAGGUCACAUUCUGUCUUUCUGAAAUCUUGUAUGCUUACUUUUCACACAUUUGUGUGAGGGAGAUAGUGUUCAUGAAUGCCUAAUAAUGUACCCCAUUAACCUUAAGAAUGUUUACAAAAUAUUUCACAAGAGUGACAGAGUCAUGGUCCUUCCCUAAUUAAGAAGCAUUUCUUCAGCAAGAAUAGAUGCGACCUUCUUAUAUGGUAUAGUGGAACUAGAACCAAGGUCUGUAUCCUUCCUACUUUGUCGGAUGACCCACAGCUAUUUAACAGAGAAAGUCUAAUUUACCAGAUCGUAGAGGUAGAGGAGGUUUUGUAUUCAUUUAAAAAGGACAAGACAUACACUUGGUUUCUCUAGUGGAAUGAGACAAGGGUAGUGUAGGUGAGAGAUUAAAAGGAGAAACAAAAGUUUAUGCUUUAUGGAGAGUCCAGAUGCACCUCCAGGAUUUUUGUUUUACACACUAGCCUCAAACUUAAGUGUAAUGUGAGUCUUUCAGUCUGCUUUAUGCAGAAUAAAAAGUUUUUAUUGAAGGUGACUUUUAUGAAUUUCAACUCUUUCUAUUUUGUUCUGGGUAGUCCACAAAGGCAACAAAAAGCUAUUAUGUACUUGAUGUUUUUUGCCGUACUCUCAAGCUUCUGAUAUAAAAUUCCUGAAUUCUACACUGCACUUUGAUUCACAUUUCAGGCUAUCACAUCUCAUUUUGCAUGUGGGUAUCCUUUUAGAAAAGGAAAUUUGAGAAUGACUUAUGUGGCCAUGUCUUCAUAAUUGCAGGCUUUUUGUAAGAAGAUGUUAAUAGUAGUUUCUUGUAGAAUAUGUGUGACUUCUGGUUUGUGCUGUUGGGUGCUUAUAUGCCAGAUGUAAAUGAACAUGAUGAAAAUGGAGUGUUCAAAAGUUGCCUUGCUGAAAUUUAACUCUUUUAAAGCAGAUCAUGUUAAUCCAUUUUAACUAAUUAUGACAAUUUAAAACACCUUUUAAAAUUAUUAGCAUUAGGCAAGUAGAAUUUUGACAAGUUGUUACAUUGGUAUAGACUUCUCAUACUUAUAAUUCUUGUAACAAUGCUCUUGUGUAAAACACUUUUCAGUGAUAAUGUGAUCAUAGCAACUCUAUAAAGUUGUAUGUACCACUUUUAAGAAAGGGGCUGUAGUUUAGAGAGAUUUGCUUCCCAGUGUCUCUUAGUGAACCCAUGACUAAAAUGAGGGGGAAAGUAAAAUUAUGACUGAGACAUGGCUUCUUGAUUUAUUUUAUUAAGAUGGUGAGGAUCAGUUCUUGUUUAUUCAGGCUCUUACUUGCAAAAACAGAGUGGAAAUUGGGAUUUCUUAUACAUUUACAGUUAGUAUUCACAAUAAAUGGUGGGUUGAAUUGAAGUUUUGAAGAGUUAUAAAAGUCCAAGAGAAUAUAUUUGGAAGUACAACUAGGUUUUUAUUGUGAAUGAUGCCACCAUUGGUAGGUUAUAAAAUUGAUUUCAUUGUGACAGAAGUCCUACCAAGUAAUCCUUAUGGCACAGUUUUUCAACCAUUUUGGGUCCAUGGCUCCCUUGACCAACUACAUUCUUUGUGCGAUACCCCUGUGGGCCUCAGGAGCCCAGUUAUGUCACCCCUUGCCUGCUGAGCUGGCAGCUCCCUUGUGGAGGGCUCCCUCAGCCUCCUCUCUUCUCCCCAUGGGAGUCCUCUGGGCAUCUGCAGCUGCUGCCCCUGGUCUCUGAGCUGCCUUGCUUGCCCCAAAGAGAGGUGCCUCCUCUCACUACCCCACAGGGGCCUGGGAAGCACGCCCUGGUCAGCUCCAGACACAGCAUUCACCUGGGAGCUUGUAGCCAAGGCUGCUGCAACAAACAACCAACUGUGCAAGCCUUUGAGAGGCAGAGAUGCAAGAAGGCAUCAUAUGAAGGUAGGGAAGGAAAGAGGGACAGAGGCCAGUAUUGCCCAUGGCACCCCUGAACAUCAUUCAAGGCACCCCAGGGUGCUGUGGCUCAGUCUGCAAGAAGCAACACCAGAGAGCUUUUCAUUGUAUGUAUAUGAUUUGAUGUUAUGAGCAGGUGUACUUUGUUUGCUGUUCAUAUUGCUUAUAACAUUACGUAUAUCAGUUAGCCAGUUAAUUAACCUCCAUGUGUUAUCAUGAACCAAAGCAAGGAGUUCAUAUCCUAUUUCAGAUCUUGUUCCCUUUCAGGGCAUGUAGUGGUGGUCCAACAGAAUGAAAGAAUAAAUAAGGUGAUGGUUCAGAGAGUGGUGGUUUUCCUUUGAUAAGCUAGAGUACAGGUGGGGAGCCUAAGGCCCUACAGAGGUUGUUUGAAUCCAGUUCCCAUCAUCCCUGACAAUUGGCAGUGCUCUCUGAGUCUCAUGGGAGUUGGAAGUCUAUUAACUUCUGGAGGACCCCAGGUCCUUCAUCCCUGAGGUAGAGGCUGUUAGCAGAAGAUACUGUUUUUAUCAAUUGUUUUUAAAUCUCAUUAGCUUUCAAAAGCAGGAGCAAUCAUUUCUGCUUCUACUUCUUGGGGAUCAACUAAAAACUUUGUGAUUUUUUUUUACCUUUUAUUUUUUCUUAGAGAAUGGGCAUAUUUUAUAACAAAAAAGAAAUUACUUACGUGCAUCAGUUGGGGUGGAAGUCUUUUAGAAAGCAAUUUUCAAGGGGAAAUGAAGAGAAGUUAUUAGCAUCUGAGCACUUGGGUAAAAACUAGAAUGUUUUGAUACCUUAAAGUAGAAAAUAUUUCAUGAGUUGCAGGGGCAUAAGGUUUUGAAUAAGGUGAGAUGUUGCUUAUGAGAGGUCUGUUUAACAUAAAUAGAAUCAAGGAGCAUAAUUUAUGUUAUCGUCUUUAGAUUAUCCUAGUCACCUCUUAUGGUUUAAAAUGCUGUUAGUAAACGUCAUUUUGAGAGUAUAGCAAGAUCAUGGCCUUUAAAGCAAGUCUUUAUACUGUGAUCAGACCUUGGAACAUCACAGAUAAAAGGUUUCCUAGGCAUCUAGGAAUAUGAAAUAUUUGAACGGCAUUGGUGCCUAAAAGAAGUGGAGUUUGAUGCACAUAAUAUAGUCAGCCAGGUGCAAUCUUGGAACAUAGACAUUUGAUGCUGACUUUGAAAAAUUAGAGCUUUGCCCCUGGGUACUUUAAGUACAUUUCAUGUAUAUCUAUGAUUGUGAAGCACUGGGCUAGAUUGUUGAUGACGCCAUAGUGAAUGGGUUUUGCUUUCUGGAAUGAAGGAAGGCCAUUGACCAGAACACUGCUGUGCAAGGGAAUUGUUGACUAACAGAACAAGAACCAUAGCUGUUUUUCAUGUUAGAAGCGCUAGGGAUGUGAAACCUGUGGAAUUGAUUCCUUACUGUUUGAUGCAUCACAUUUUCACCUUGUCUGUCCCCUUUGUUGGUUUCUUGCCACCUCCACUCUUUAUCCUGAAAUUGAUUUGAAUAUGAGUUAUUUUCAUUUUGAUGAUUUGAUUGUUUCUGUUGUGAUUUAUCGUGUUUUUUUCUUCCUUUUCCCAAUCCAGUUAUUGUGAUCACUCUAAGCCCUGCUCCCGCUCCAUCCCAACGUGCAGGUACCAGAACUUUUUAUCAUCGCAGCUUGGAUUUCUUGCAUCAUUUAUUUAAUGCUUCCUUCAACUGCAUAGAAUUGCCACUUGUCUGCUUCUCUUCCAAGUGUGUGUCUGACCCUGCUUCCUUCCCCACUUUCGUAUUCUCCUUUACUAUUGAUCUAGCCUUACUUGCCAAGACUGGCUAGGCAAAGCGGUAUGUAAGGCCAUGCAUGAAAACAUGUUUUGAUUGUCCACAGCUGCAGUAGUUGCUUAGCACCUUCCUUUCCUGAUGAUGUCAAAGCACUUUCUGAAGACAGGUAACCAUUAAAUUUUCACACUGAUAUUUUCCACCUUCAAUCUUCCACCUUCCACUUUAAUGUGCCAGAGCCCUCAAGUGGCAAUUGGCAGAAAUUCAUAUUGCCAUACAUUUCCUUAGAUUUUCCUGAAUGGAAAGGCAAUGUCAAAAUGUCAACCUGCAUACAGCAAAAUUAAAUAGGCUCUGCUUUUUGUGAUGUGCAAUUGCCUCUGAGGUAGAACCCAGAAGCAAACUGUCAGUGCUGUUGUACACUAGUUUGCUUUAGGGCAGGAAGUCAAGACUGUCCUUUUAGUCAAGGGCAGCUGCUGUAGGGAUUUUAAGAUGGGAACAGAGUAGCCUUCCUUAGAGUUGAGCAGGGCUCAGAUUUCUAUGAAGCUCCUAGUAGUGUGUGCUGCAUCCCACAACGGUGCCAGACUAUGUUUCUGAUAUAAUCUCAGGAGGGCAUAUUUUUAUAUGUAUUUGAUACCUUUGUAUGCUUCUUUCCCCCAAAAAGAAUUUUGAUUACUAUUAACAGGUUUUCCAUGCAGAUUCCUGUCUAGGUAUCAUUUGGUCCCAAAUAUGCUAAGCUUCAGACAUGGACCUAAAUGAGCUAUUUCAGACAAUUCUCUGGACCAGUGUUAUUCACUGGGGCUUUUAUUGCACAUAUUUUGGAGAUGUGUGCCGUAAAUAUAUAAUUGCUACCUAAAUAAGCUGUAAUUGGAUAAUAUAAGGUCAGGUGAGAGAUAGCUUUAUUUUAUUUUAUUGUUUAAGAACAUGCAUUAGUUAAUAAAAUUCAGUGAAGCACAGAUCUAAUGCCAUACCCUACAUGAUACGGGGUAGGAGUCCACAGCAGAAAUAAAGUUAGUUCCUCAUUUUUUAAUUAGUUGCUGCUGUUGCAUGGUGCUGGAAUCUUCCCUGCCUCUUACAGAGAGCUGUCCUUGAUCUUCUGGAUGUUAAAAUUAUGCUCUGGAAGUUAAAAGGAUGCUGUACUGUUAAUAUUGCUGUAGCGAUAUCGCUUAUUAAGAUUAAUGAAUUAAUUAGGUUCUGGGCAUAUUGGUGCUUAUAGAAUCAUAGGAUCAAAAACUGUAGAGUUGGAAAGGACCCUGAGGGUUAUCUCGUCCAACCCCUUGCAAUGCAGGAAUCUCAACCAAAGCAUCCAUGGCAGAUUGGACGAGUCCAUGGUAGUACAUGAAGAGGGUUGCACUGUAACUGUUAAAGUCACAGUCUUUAGUUUAUGCAAAUGGGUUUCUUCACCUUCUACCCUGAGCUACUUUAGCUGUGCAUUGUGAAAUAGCUACUGCAUUGUUUUUCUACCCUAGAGGCAGCAGUCCUUGAGUAUAGAAAGUACAGGGGCUAGUCUGCCAUUUUAUCUAGUGGAUGCUUGCCUUACAGUGCUUUGAAGCCUUUCAGGAUGGGAAUGUGUUUCAUUAGAUUACCUUCCAAUGCUUUCCAGUCUUGCCUUCCACUAGCUCUUACCUGUGCUUUUGUGCUAUGCCACUUGUUCUUUGCAGCUGCCAUCCAGCAGAAUUUCUUACCCUUCCAUUUUCAAGUAGUUAUUAUUCUAACACUUUCUUCUGAAAGCAGCAGAUUGAUAGUUUGUAUGAUUAUUAGGUUUAAGCAUGUGUUACUCUUGACUUGCCAGUUCAUGGCAGCCAUCUGAAGUGCACAUGGUACAGGCAACUCACUGUUGACCAAGGUUAACUAUGCAACCAGAGCAGCUUGCGAGCAAGGUGGGUUAGUUUCACUUGAGUCUGCACACCUGAUCAGGUACUGCCACAAAAUCCCAUCUCAGCUCCAACUUUUUGGCUUCAUUUUUUUCAAAUUAUUUAUUGGAAAACUUAAUUUUAGUUAAUUUCUCUUAUAUUUGAGUGAAUGGGAAGAUUCCAGCUUUAACUUUGAAUUGUUUUUUUCUAUUGUGGCUGUAUAGAAAGUUUAAAAUAUGACCACUGUGUCUUUUAUUGCCUAGAAGUCUAAUGACAAAGAACAAUCCCACAAAUACUAUUUUGUAAGCUGUCUAUUGAAUUGGCAGAUGAAGAAACCUAGGUGACACUUGCAAAUAUAUAGGAUUGGCAACUACCUGUAUAAAAUACAUUAGCUGUGUCUCAAAAAACAUGUUGCUACCUGAAAUUCUACAUGUGAGAAACCACUGGGACUUUAAAAGUAGCCAUGCCUAGGAUUUUUCUGUAAAUGGUGCACUUCCAUGUCUUCUUUCUGGGUAAAUGUAGUCAAAGAGGAACAUGGCAGCUUGCUGCUUGAAUUCCAAAGGAAUUCAUGGAUCAUAUUGCUGGAUAGUAAGUGAGACAUUUUGCAAUUUAAAUGGUGCAGUGCCACUUUUCCUCUCUGGUACACUUCUCCAAUGAUUGAUGGACUGUUUGUUUUAAAAUGGAUAUUCAGAAUCUUUAUUCUUUUCAUUAAUGUAGAAGUGAAAAAGCAUAUAAGCUAUAUGCAUUUUGGGAUGCAGGCAACAAUAUAGGCUUGAGUUAUUUCACUAAGUACUGCUGUACAACCACUUUCUAAGCCAGGGUUGGGGGAUCUUGUUGGAUUCUAAUGAGCUCCAACCAGCAUGGCCAGUGGUGAGGGAUGCUGGUUGUUGUAGUCCAGGAACAUCUGGAGAGCCACAAGUUCUGCAUCCUGUUCUGUGGGACAGCAUGCUGCAUUUAAUAAUAGUAAUAAUAAUAAUAAUAAUAAUAAUAAUAAUAAUAAUAUAUAAUAAUAAUAAUAAUAAUAAUAAUAUAAUAUCCCACCCAUCUGGCUGAGUUUCCCCAGCCAUUUCAUUUGGAAUAGGUAGUAGAAAGCUUGGUGUUAAAAAUGACCAGGUUUUGGAGGAUGGGGAGAUUAGGAAGAUAGAAUGCAGCUGCUAGAAUUAAAAUAAAACCAUUUUUGUGCUUCGUUAUGGAAGGAAAGUUUCCAGAGCGCAAAGACGCAGGCCCACAUCUCUCAGCUUGCAGUUUCUGCAACCUGAAACUCCUCUUAUCCCUCUACAGAUGAUUCUGUGUCAUGCUCUAGUUAACUUUUUCAUUCAAAUGCUGUCUUGGCCUUUGCCUGCUUAGCUUGUCUUCUCAAUCACAAGAGGCCUGAGUUAUGAAAGGCCUAUAGAUUGUUGUCUUGGGGGGGAAAAGAUACAGAAGCACUUGCAGUCCAGCAGCGGAACGGCAGGUUGGAGGUAGACAUUAUUAAAAUGGCCCUUCUAGGCAAUAUUGUUUUUAAAGUCUCCUUGUGUGAAAAGAACCUUUGCCUCCCAUUGUUAUGGAAGUCCUGCCUGCUGUCCGCAUGACAACCAUUGGAGAAUAAACAAUUUCAAAUAUCCCCAAAUGAAAAAAAAAUCCAUACAAAUUGAGCAACGAUGACAAAUUAUGCCACUUGAUUUUAUUUGCAUACAUUAUUUCACAGGGACGAACUGUAGAUUGUAUUUUUUAAAGAAAAUUAAGCACAGAAUUCAAGAUUGCUUGCUUAUAUAGAGACCAGCUUGGCCUUAUAUAGCAAAAAAUCACUCCUUCGCAGAAAUGUAACAGACCAAUGAUGCUUCACUGUAUUUGUGACUGGAAUGCUACCACAUGCUACCACAUGAAGGCUGUUUCAGUCACUAGAAGUAAAAAAAAAAACCCUUGAGAUCACAUGCUUUCUUCCUUUUGUCACUUCCGUUGCCAGGCCUAUUUUUCUUUGUAAAAGUUUUUUUUUAUAAAAAAAAUACACAUUCAAAUAGAAAGCUAAAAGGAAGUGUUAAGUCUAGUCUUCAUUCUCAUUCCCUGUGUGGGUGGUUGGCGUUCCUUGAACCUCACUCAUAAUCAUAUCUGUAAUUUGCCUGGCACAGGAUUAAUUCAGUAUAUGCCAGGAAGAGACAGGAUCAAGUGAUUGAAUUUUAUCCAUUUACUUAGAACCAUUGAAAUUGGUCACCUUAAGUUGGUCAAGUCCAUUAAUUUCGGUGAUAUGACUAACAUUGGAUAUAAAUCACUGUCUCUAAAGUACCUUCCAUAAAAAGCCAGCCUAUCUCCAUGGCCCAUGAAGAAUGUAUGUUCAGAAGAAUGCCAGUUUGUCUGGAUAGCUGAAAUACAUUUGUAUGUAUUUCAUCAUCUCUUGAGAGAAAGUGAUCUUAGAAGUGACUACAUGGUUUGUGAGCCUUGAACUUCCAGGGUAGUGAUAAUAUUUGGUGUAACUUCAGAUUUUGAACAAGUGCUAAACCUAUGAAUAUUGACUGGGUUUUUAAAAUUAAAGGCAUGGGGACUGACACAGAGCAUAAUUAAAUAUAACCAAAUAUUUUUGGAAAUAUGGAGGAUUCACAGUUAUCUUUCUAAUACUUCUGAAGGUCAGAUAUAUUUUCCCCACCUAACCCAGCAGGAUUGUGGCUUUAGAAAUUUGACUUCCAUUAGUUUCAUUUUUUCAUGGAAAUCUCUUUGCUAAAAUGCAGGACUUUUUAUUUAUUAUUGCAUAGAUAGACAUAUUUCACUGAGAACAUAUCAGUAAUGCUGACUUUGUAACUCAUUCUCUAGAAGCAUCAGGGACUUAAUUUCCUAGUUUAUGAUAUUUAAUUUUAACCCUUUAUCACAUGUGUGGUUAUUUCAUGCAUUCUUAAUCAGAAUAUUAAAUCACAUUAAAUCCACCGCUUCCUGGUUUAAAGUAACUAGUGGCUCACAAGCAGAGACAAUAUGGAGCUAUUUGAACUGGCUUUAGGGGAAUGCCUUAAAGCUGCAAUGUGGGAAGUUUAAGCAAAAGAAAACAUUAUUAUGCCAUGAAACUCCAGGUGCCUUUCCUGAGCAGUCAGGUAUAUAAGCUCUAUCAGCAGACUCAGUUUAGAGGUGAUUUGCAAGAAUAAUUAUUUCCAUGACUUAAAAUAAUAAGUUGGGAAUUUGCCCUUAACACAAUAUAUCUUUUUUUCAAAUACAUCUGGUACAAGUUUCUAUCACAUUUAAUAUGAUUGGUACAUUGAGCCUGGUUUCAACUCUGGUUAAACUGCUGGUUUAAAGAAGAGCCUUGUAUGGGCAUGCCAGCAGCUGGAACUAGGUUGUCCUUUUAGCUUAGCUAUCACCAUUACAGUAAUUUAAGCUGAUUUAUGAAGCUUGCAAAAUGUGUAAGUCUGCUCUGCCUGCACUUCUGCCUCCCUGUUCCUAGCCAUUGUCAUUCAAAGUAGAGUUCAUGUUGAAUUCAGUCAGCGCUGGCCUGAGAUGGCCAUGUAGGGUUAUGCCCCAUAGCUGGCAAACCACAUCAUCUGAAGUAUCUGGUGAAUCCUCCAAUGUCGGCAGCCUAACUAGUGUUUCUCUUUUCCUCUGCUUCCAUUCUGUGUGCAGUACCUGCUUAUGCCCAUCAACUGAACCUUCCUGCUUUGCUCUGCUUCUGUUUUGGCUUUCUUCCAUGUCCUGUUCUUCCCACUACAGCCGUUUUCUUCCCCUUUAAUGUAACCUUUUCCAGUGUUGUACUGGAUUGAUUGACCAUUUCUGCAGCAUGAUUUUCUCCUUUGCUGUGGUUCUCCUUUUGGCAGACAGAGGCUGACAGGUUUGCAUGAUCAAGCUGUAGUGUAGCAUGCAGGCUUCUUCGAUUGAGAGCUUGAGCGGGGAGCGUGUUAUAAGAAUGGAUUUCUCCUUCACAGGCUAUUACUAUAUUUGGAUGCAAGGGGGAGGUGUACAGUGUAGUAGGGUGUGAUGGGGAGAAUAGCAGCUAGAUUUGCCAUGCAGUAUUUUCACAAGCAUUAAUGUUUCUGGGUUUCUGAAUUGGUAUAUUGAUAUCUAGGAUUAAGAGAGUAUACCCUUUAUCCUGUUGGGUGCAGCAUGAUUGAUAAUCUUUUACUUUCUUCAUGCCCAUCUGCUUCCAGGCAGAAUUCUCUGCUGCUCUCCAGAGGGUCCCCAUCCAAUGGGACCAUGCUAGUCUGGACAGUUCAGUUGAAACUUUGGUUCAUAUGCUCACCUUUCAAACUGCACAUCACAGAAAGCAUGUGCUUAACCCAAGAAGAUUAAGCCCUUUUCUGUUUACAGAAGCAUCCUGACUGUCCUUGUGUUGGAGGGUACCUUAGCUCCAUUAAAGAUGGCGAAACCAGAGAGAAGCUGGUGUCCUUUCAUGAUAUCUGCCUCUCUUUCUCCUUACUUCAACAAACGUGAUUCUGCUACUGGUUCUGAAAACUCUUUCUUAUGUUAUAAAGAAGGGUAUAAGAAGAAGUUCAAGACUUCAUUAAUGUGGAACCUGCAGCUCUCAGAGAUAAACAAAUCCCAAGUUACAGUUGAAUUGGGGGGAAAGUGAAAGCUGCCACUUCUGUCUGUCUUACAACAUAUGAAUAAGCCCCGAGAUUAAUAUACGCCACUCCUCUUGCAUCAAUCAGGAGGCAUAUCACAUAGUUCAGACCCACUACCAGGGGCCAAGCAAGCACAGUUGCAUUGUGCUAGAUAUGGCACACAUGAUUCAGAUAUAAGCCAGCCUGGUACAAAAACUCGUAUCAGCCUAGAUAAUUGUGUGUGUGUCAAGGCAGCUGAAACGCACUUUUUUGGCAAACCAUAUUCCCAAAUAGAAUUACUCACUGCCAAACUGGUUUAGUCCCAUGAGACUGACUGUAUAAGAAACAUUAUGUUCCUAAGGAGGCAGGAGAAAACAGCAAUGAAUUCUGUAGAGCAGGCGUACCCAACAUGUUGCCCUCCAUAUGUUGCUGGACUUGAAUUCCCAUCUUAUCUGACCAUUAGCCAAGCCAGCUGGGCUGGUGGGAGUUUGAGUCAAACAGCAUUUGGAGAGCACUGUGUUUGCUACCCCUGCUGUAGAGGCUUAUGGAACACAUUUAUAAAUGGCAAAACUGCUACUUCUUUGCCAAUAAACUUUGCAGUGUUUGUCCAUCACAAUACUCUUAUUAAGGUAUUAUUUUCACUUUAUAGGUUUACUCCCUCCAGGGUUAAAUUAUACUGCUUCAUUGGUCACUGGCUUGCUUUUGUUAAUAGAGAUUCUUAAGCAACUUUAAUCUACUGCCUGCAGUUUGCUAUAGGCACAAUCCCAUCUGUGCUUGACAAAUCAGAGUGUUCCCAAUAGUAGGAAGCCCCAAACCACUGCUAUAAGAGCAUGCAAUAGAGAGCCAUUGGAGAGGUAAGACUGAAUGUUUUAUAAGAGAGAUAUUUUUUUUAAAAACCAAGUGAAGCCAGAAGAAAACUUUUGAGAUUGUAGCUCAGUUCAUUUGUAAAUGUCUGCUUAGUGUGGGACUUGGUGAAAUGAUGAUUUUCUAUCCAGAAAAAUCUAUGAAAAUUAUCAUUUGCUUAUAACUGCAGUCAUUUUUGUUGUAGACAUAAUCCUGACUCACCCUUUUGGUAUUUUGGCCCCUGGAUCCCUUGCUCUUUCAGAACCCUAAGGUACUCAUUAAAAAAAGUUGUAGUAAAAGAAACAGAUACAAAAUGUAAUUUUAAAUUAAAAAAUUGUCCCUGAUUCUUUAACUUAUAAACAGAAUAUUGCCCGAAACUAUCUACAGAAAUGGUGUACAUAUUUAGAUGGCAGUCAAAAGUGUUUGACGGAUUUGAACUGCGGAGGCUUAAAAUACUAUAGUGAUAUGCACCUAUGUCCAACCCAGAGUCCAUUUAUUUGAGAAGGUCUGUUCUGAGCAUGACUAAUGUUGAAUAUCAGCACAUGUUCCAAGAAAACUUUGAAAUGACAUGGAUCCUACCAGAUGGGUUUUUAAUGAGCUUAAGACCAAUCUCUGUUUAUUUUUGUAGUGGUGAUUUUCAAAAUGAAUGGGCUGUCCUCUCAAUGCAGAAUUCUGUUAACUUCACUAAUUGCUGUAGCGCUUUGCUUUUGAAGUCACUUGCAGAGUCAUAUACCCUUUCUUUAACCUAUGUAUUCUGGUGUGGGAAGAAAAGCCAAAUUAUAAAAAGAAAGAAAAAGCCAGUUAAAGGAACAAAUGUAUGGCUCAUAAUGAGUUUUUUAUUCUUUACAUUGUUUCUGAGGAAACUCUUCCAUAGUUCUCCCAAGGCACCACAAAGAUACAUUAUGGUGCUGAAAAAGAUUUUUUUAAUUGCUCUGUGUGGCUCCUUUAAAUCUAAAACCUAUGCCAUUGCAAACUUUAUGAAAAAUUGUUGCCAAACCUAAGCUAUACAACAUAGCUGUUCCAUGAGCAAGACUGCAGUGUUUCUGAAAACUAUGGGAGACCAGGAAGGAAUAUCACAUUAAAUAAUGGUUUCUUAAAUUAAUGUAAUUCAAUAGUGUUUGAGACUUCAUCAGAGUUGAAUCUCCCAUUUUUGCUGCAAUAACAUUUCCACCUCUUUUAAAUAGUUUUUAUCCCCUAAAAUAAGCAAAUAGGUUAAUGCUUUUCAUACCUGCCAGGUGGAGACAACCUGGAGAGCAGAUGUUUGUACGAUGACACUUAUAUUUCUACCAUUGAUCUGCCAGGCUUGAUCUGCUAUUUGUGGAAACUAGGCCUUAGCUAGUUAGCUGCUUCUAAGAUUAGUGACUUAGCUAGUCAGGACCCACCUAUAUACCCCAGUCCUUUGAUGGAAAUUGAAGCACCUUUAGAUUAUUUUGCUCCUUUGCCCACAGAACCAAUCCUACCAACACAUCCUCCAAACUUCUCAUUAGAAAUUUGUUUUACUGUUGCAACAGAAAACCUUAAUAAAACCCAUACUAUUUCCUCUAUGUUGUAUUUAUAACAUACAUUGUAAUUAGUGCUUUAAUCUUUGCCUUUCUGGUAAUUGAAUAAGUUUGGAGAAAUUCAAGGUAGCACUGAGGAGAUUGCUCUGUUGGUGCAAGCAGUUCUGCUUGUUUGAUGGAAAAACCUCUACACUCCCCCUGUGUCAUUCUGGGGAGUCUCUAAAACACCCCCCCCAGCCACUGGGUGGGCAUUGGGGGAAAAAACUGUUGUGUGGUGGAAGCAUUUGCAUGGACUUCUGCUAGUGAGACCAUUUAGCGGAAUCUGGUGCCUUGUGCUUUUUUGUCAAUCUGGACUGCAGAAAUUUUCAUCCAUUUCUUGUAUUUUCUUUCUUUGCUUUCAGGUUACACUAGAAGCUCCUUUUCAGGGAAUUUAAAAAUCCUGCACUGACCAUUUUAGAAUUCUCUUGUCCUUAGCAAUAAAAAUGAUUAUGCCUUUAAAUAUAUAUAUAUUUCAGAAAUAGUCAGCUCUCCUUAAUUAAUUUUCUAGCUGAGGAAGCUUCCUUUUUGGACCUGAAUUCAGAUGACCUGUACUCCAUUGGUUUGCUCCUAUCCUCUGCCCCAAAGGAUUAUGUACAAGCAUUUUGUGGUCACUUGCAAGAGAAGCAAGCAUCACCUUUAGUAGUUUUCAUGAACUGGUACUAAUUGAGAUGAACCACAAUUAAAAAACCCCUGUUGGGGGUCUGUCUCACGUCCUCCAUGAUGUUGUCAUCCUAUAAAUCUUUGUAGCGUGGACCACACUGCACAUUACAAUGAAACAUACCAAGAAUAAGCUGAUCUGAGUGUUAAGACAUCCCUUGUUACAAUGUAACUUCAUGACCUCUUUUGGCUAGCCUCAGUAUCCCUUUCUCCACCUGUUGUACUGAUCUACCUUACAUAAAAGUUGUAAGGAUUAUGGAUGUAAUAUAAAGGGAGCUCUUUUAGCAGAAGAUGUACAUUUUGUUAUCUUAAUAGAGCUUCAUUGUUUAUAUUUUUAAAAGUUUUCCUAUUUUAUGCAGUCUCAGUCCUGGGGCCAGGAGAGUCCAUGGGGACUUCUCACUUGCUUUCUUCAAACAGCAGCUCCUCUCUUUCCCCACGCCAUACAAGACAUUGUUUUUGAAGCUGAGGAGAAUUUCAAGAGCAGUUUGUGACUUUUGUAAGAAUUAGUUGUUCAAAGAAAUGCAGUCAAAACAUUUUACUGCCUCACUAUGAACUAUUAUGCCUCUUUAGAUCCCAGGACAGAAUUCUAGCUCGCAUGUUGCAUUGCACGUUGAUCUGUUAUUCAUGGCUGACGCAGCUGCUCUCAAAGUGGAAGUUGGGGGCUGCCCAAGCAUUGAGAGUGGGUUCACUUGUUACGUAUUUUGUAUAGAACCUGGCACAAUUCUUCUGAACCAUAAUUCCUGCCUGAAAUCAUCACUUCUGCCCAAGUAUCAGGAAACUGAUACUUGAGAAUCCACUUUAGUACCGGCAACCUAUCAUAACUAACUGACAGUAGCAGCACUUUUCUUUCUGCCUCUCCCACCUUAAUAUUUGCAACCUUGGAGGGGAUAGAAGUGUUUCAGAAAUUAAAAUUAAAAAAUAACGCUGUUACUGAGUUCCGUUGAGCAACCUUGUCAUUGUUAGUGGCAAGAUUGCAAUAUGGAAGCCAGUAUUUCUACUUUAGCCAAGGGCUAUUGUUGAGGUUGAUGAAGGAAGUUGUGUGUGGCUGAGCUUUUUAUUUUUCAAAUGAGCAAGCAAAUCCACUGGGGCCGGGGUGGGGAACUUGUGUCCUGCUAGACGUUGAAUUCCCACCUCCCGCCAGCAUGGCCAUUGAUCAAGGCUGAUGCAGGUUGGAUUCCGGCUUCUGGAGGGUCACAGCUUCCCCACUCCAGCACUACGACUUAUUCACUCGUUGAUUUAAGGGACACUCCUAUUCCCAUUUUUAGAAAUAAGCCAUAUCACCAAUAAUAUGAGUUGCAGCUUUGCUUGAUCUCAUGAUGCACUGCUUAGCCUCUGAGCUAACUGGAGGUGAGUUGGGAUGUCUGUGUAGAAUUGUUGUACUCUGGCUGUGUGCCUCGCUGUGUCUUCCUAUUUUUGGAUUAAAACCUAUGUAGACACAGGAAACCAGGUAAAAUAUGAAAGGUUAUGGGAAGAAUUGCAGUAUCAAAUAAUUGUACACAUUGUGCUGGAAAGAUUAGAUGUAACCAUUCAGCUACUAACAGAUGUUUCUAAAACCUGUGCAGCAUGACUUCUGCUUGCCUGUGCUAUUCCCAGGAUACAGCAGUUUCUUGAUCUAGGUGCCCUGAAGAGUCCCCUCUUUUAGAUUUGUUCAAAAAUGGAUAGUUGCCCUUAGAAAGCUCUCUUCAGGCUUAGCAGAGACCUCUGUCCAAAUAUGCUUGUGCUAAGACCAAGCAGGAAGAAAGUUCUUGGUGCUAUCUCACAUCACACUCACUGCACAAGCCCCUGGGCAGAGAAACUAGGCUUUAUCUUUAGUCCCAGAAGCAGGUUCUUUCUAAAAAUGGAUUUAAUUUUAAACCACACAUACUCUCCCUCCUGGUCCUAGGCCCAGAUUAAGCCUGCAAACAACUUGCCAGUAUAAUAUCCACACAGUCAUUGAUCUGCCUACCAGGCAGGUCACUGAUGCCUACCAAUGUAACAUGAAUAUGCCAGUUUAUGGCUUAUUCCCAGUCAACAGAUGCCAACUGUUUUAAUAUAUGCAUAGGCACCAACAGUCCAGUUUAACUUGCUGCAUGGAUCCUCAUAUGAGUGAAGCCUGGCCAUCCUCUCAGGAAAACAGGGGAAGACCUAUUCAUUGUGCCCAGAUAGAGCUAUCCCCAGGAUGGUACAGUUAAAUGCUGUGGCUUCCACACAGAUUUGAGAAGAUGGGAUUUUAGAACACCUUGGGAGUACAGUAGGGCUAAGCUGACACCUCAGAAGUCAAGGUAACAACUGACUUUUUAUUGGAACCACAGGCUGGUUUUCUAGCACCCCUGCCUUCAAGACAAGAAACAUUGUGGGCUUGGGCUGCAAAGGAACCUAGCUUGAACCUGGAGCCCAUGCAUUGAAGCCUCUCUGCCUGACUUUUCCUCUCCUCUCCUCUCAGCAUUGCAGCUUCCCUUAGCCAACGAUGGAAGUAGCCGCUCCACCUCUUUGGACAGCUCGCCCCAGCAUCAUCACACUCAUCCGUCACGCCCCCGAAACUUUCUGGGCCUGCCUCCUCAGCCCCCCUUCCACAUGAACAAGAGCAUGGAGAGGUAAGCAGAACUAGAGCAAAUGAGGCAGGUUCUGGUGUGCUGUGCUCAUCUUCACUGCUGUAUUGAGACAGGAGGGACCAACUUGUUUUGAGAAAGGGAAGCAGUUUGGAGCAAAAGUUUUAUGUUGUGCUUGCCAUUUGAUCAGACAGGUCUGCGCACAAGACAUGAAGCGUUUGCUGUCCUUGUGCCUGUACAGCCGUGGAUAAUAGCGUGUUGGGGAACUGAAUGUUCUCUAGGCACUUUAAUCUUGUUGCUUAUUGCUAUUGCCACAGUCUUAACAGCUGCUUCACACUGUUCUUUUGAUGUAAGAGGCAGAGCUUUUGAAAAGGGCUCCUGUCUCAAACCAUCUUUGUUAGGUAGAUAUGGAACUUUCAUAACCCCUAGUUGCCUUGAGUUGCAUUUUUUUUUUUUUGUAAUAUCAUGUAAUAUCAGUAGCAGCCCAUGCAAAGUUUAAACUCUCCUGUUUGUGAAUUAACGUGCUAAGUUUGUCUGCUAAAUGAGUAAUUUAUAGCAUGCACACAAAAAUAUACAGUAAUGGCCCUGGGAGUUAGUAGAAGACCUGCUGCUUUUUUGGGUUUCACCAGGUAAUAAAAACUCAUGAUUUAACCUGCACUGUUCUGAUCUGCAGAUUGAGGUGUCUUGUUAUGUAAUUGACUUGUGAGUUGCUGGCUUUGAAUUCAUAUUAGAAAUUCUCUCAUGAUGGAGAUCUACUAGUUCGUAGGGUUGUCUAGAUGCCCUUGUUGAGAAGAGGAAUGGGUGGUUCUCCAUAGAGAUGGAGCCCGUUUCUGCAGAGAGAAGGGUCUGAGAUGUUCGUGUGCCAUGGCUAAAUGGAAGCAAACACAAUAUUUUUCCUUUUUUCUCUUUCCCUUUCUAGUAUAGAGAUUGAUCAGAAACUGCAGGAAAUUAUGAAGCAAACGGGUUACUUGACCAUCGGAGGGCAGGUGAGCUGACUUGAGAGGUGCAGCAGUUCGAAAUAUAUUGAAGCCUGAUGUAUAUUAAGAAUUAACCAAAAGCAACUCCCCACCCUUUUCAAUAUAAAAUGGAUUGAUGAGUAGCUUCUCUAUGUGCUCAUCUUCUCACAGAGAUACCAAGCAGAAAUCAAUGACCUAGAAAAUCUGGGUGAGAUUGGAAGUGGGACGUGUGGACAGGUGUGGAAAAUGCGUUUCAAGAAGACUGGACACAUCAUAGCUGUGAAGGUGAGGUAGAUCUACUGGGUGUUGAGUGGAAGAUAGCUUAAGAUGAAAGGAAAUGGCAGAGUUGGACUUCUAGAGGGUUCAUUGCUGGUGAAACUCUUAGGUGCCACAGAUUAUCUGGUUCCUGUGUCAGCUGUUGAGAGAGAAUCCAGUUGGGCAGGAUUAAGUGGGCCUUAACUUUCUUUGAUGGAAAGUAGUGAUGCUCUGUGAAUUAAUCAUAAAACAGUUAAGGGCCAUGAGGCCCUUUGUGGGUCAAAGCAUUAUCACCCGCGACUCUUUUGGCUCUUUCCACUUCUGCUCCUAAUUUCCAUUCUCUUCUCUGUUCAGCAAAUGCGUCGUUCUGGUAACAAAGAGGAGAACAAGAGGAUCCUGAUGGACCUGGAUGUGGUGCUGAAGAGUCAUGACUGUCCUUACAUUGUUCAGUGCUUUGGAACUUUCAUCACAAAUGUAAAUGAAGACGAUGCUACUGUUUUCUCAAGUCCGUCUGUAUUUUUCAAUGUAUUUAGAACAGCCACAUCAUAAUAACCUUAACUUUUACUUUUUUUUUACUCCCCCCCCCCCAUCCCUUAGACUGAUGUUUUUAUAGCCAUGGAGCUAAUGGGCACAUGUGCAGAGAAGCUGAAAAAACGAAUACAAGGGCCUAUCCCUGAGAGGAUCUUGGGAAAGAUGACUGUGGCGGUGAGGUUUUUUCUUUUUACAUUUAGAUCUCACAUUUCCCCCAUCUAGACAUUGGCCCAGUUCACAUGUCAUGCUAAACAUGGAACGAAUAGCAUGCUGGUAUAGGCUACUUAAUAGUACUCCUUCCUUGCUCCAGCUGUGGCAGAUUCACAGAUAAAACAAGCUAUAUAUCUGGUCUGUCAUGUCGCCUGGACUUGGGCUCAUGGCUUGUUCCCUCCAAACUGAUGAGUGGUAACAAAGUUAUUCUUGGGUUACCACUUGAGGUUUUUUUUUGUAGGAAACAAGCCAUGAGUCCAGGUCCACACAACAUGACAAGGUAGAACCUGGCUUGUUUUGUCUAUGACACAGAGGAGCCAUUAAUUGCUUCCAGGUUUCCAUGAUCAUGGCUUUUAAGGAGAUACAUUGUGCUUCAAACUCCUUCCUGCAUAUGGCAUCCAGGUAUUAUUCUUUUUCAGCUGCAUUUUCUGCAGUUUUUGAAGGCACAGCAACCAUUCUCCACUUGUUAUUUGUUAUUUUAUAUACCAUUCUCCUCCAUUUACUUGAGCCUCACACUUCUGUUUCUCUUUUGGCACACAAAAAUGAGCUAAGCUUCCCUGCUUGGAGCAAAAUGCUGUUGUAGACAGCAGAGGGAAUAAGAUUUUUUAAAUAGUGACUGCACUGUUGGGCGGAUUUUGGCAAAAUUUGGAACCCAGGACUGGGCGUUCUGUUCUGCGUGGUUGUUUUGAUUUCCUUUUGGCCAUGCCCCCCCUUGAUGCUGCAUAAUGAGAUGUGAUAAAAUCUAGGGCUCGGUUGAAGUCUGAAGUAUUAUCACACACUGAAAAAAUGAAGCCCAAUAUCUCACCUUAGGAUUCCAAGAAUAGUAACAGCAUUUCAAUAGCAACAACAGUUCAUGAACACGCCACCUUUCUUUUCCCCCAGUGGUAUCCCUGAAAACUGCUUGGUAAUCUGCAUGACUGAAGGGCUGUGCUGUAACGCUGUCUCCCCACAAGUUGUUGUGUAUACAAGACGUUUUGCCCCAGAGAACUGAAACUAUCUUUUCCAAGUAUCACGAAAGCCUCAGACUGAUUGCUGAGUGCAUAACCUUUGUUCUCUAAGCAGCAACAUGUUUUUACAGGCACGUUGAUAAAAGGGUAUCGUGAGUUCUAGACUAGUUCUGAGUUGUUUUCCUUAUAGUGAGCAACGAUUAAUUCUUCCGCAUUGUUUCCGAUGUGUUGCUUUCAGAUUGUCAAAGCGCUCUACUAUCUGAAAGAGAAGCAUGGUGUCAUCCAUAGAGAUGUGAAGCCUUCAAAUAUCUUGUUGGAUGAGAGGGGGCAAAUCAAAUUGUGUGACUUCGGGAUCAGUGGGAGGCUGGUGGACUCGAAAGCCAAAACCCGGAGUGCUGGUUGCGCAGCAUAUAUGGCGGUAAGAGAUGGGCAGAUGGCGAGAGAACAGCAGCAGGAAUCUUGCUGUGCUGUGAUGGAACUGAGCAAAAAAAAAAAGUGACAUUGUAUGUUGCUCUUCCUACAAAUUGCUCAGAAUAGCUUGUGUAUGAUUUAAUUAAAUACUCUUUAUUUGUUAAACUUUUAUGUCAUUCUUCCUCCAAGCUGCUUUGCAUGGGUUGGGUAUGAUCCCUAGCAGUCUCUCAUCCUAGCAGUGCUCUAGGCCAGACCCACUUCGUUGCAGCCGUUGAAAUGCACCAUGUGUCACGAUAACUUCUCUGCAGGACUAAGAAUUCCAUCGCUUGCAUUUUACUGUAGAAAGUUGUCACUAGAUUUGGCCUGAACUUUUGGGAAACUGUAUGGCAACUAUUAUGCAGAUGCUGUUACGGUAUCAAAGCAGCCUGCAAUUUUGUCUUAGCAACAUCCAGUGGGAUUCAGCUAAGUUUUUGUGUGCACGAAACAAGGCCCACUCAUGCAGUGAGACUCUCCCUCCUCUCCCCAUGUACCCAUGUGUUUCCCCCUAAAUCUGCUCUGGAAGGUUGAGGGAACCCCCAGAACAGGUUUAGGAGGAUGGGGGAAGUCUUGUUGUGUGAGUGGCAUUCAUUCUGUGCACACCCACACCCACUUCGUGUUGCUUUCAAUUCCACCCAUGGUUUGGCUUCUAUAAUUAGGGGAAUCUUGCUAGGUGCAGAUAAAGAGAUCAGUGGCAAAGAGGUUUUAUUUUUGACUGAAUUUGUAAUAAUCUUUUUGUUUCCAGCCUGAGAGAAUAGAUCCCCCUGAUCCCUCAAAACCAGAUUAUGAUAUCCGUGCAGAUGUUUGGAGCCUGGGCAUCUCUCUGGUAAGUAAAACCUGCUCCCCAUUUUUAAGGAAAUUUGUGUACCCUUGUUGGGAUCUUCAGGUUCUGGAUCAUAUCUCAACCAUCCUUUAAUGUAUGCAGUCCUUAAUACAUGACAUAAACAGCAAUAAGCUUUGGGGUGAGUUUUUCUUCUCUUUUCUUCAGUUUUUUUAAUGGAGUUAACUGAUUCAAAGGAGGCUGAUUUCUGGCUAUCCUGAACCCCAUUUUUGUCUCUACUAUUGAGGCUGGAUAAGCCAAGUGAUCAUUCUGUUCUACAUUUCUUCCCUUUCUUGCUCUCGUCUCUUUCUGUACAAUCAUUUAGAAUUGUGUUGUUUGUAUGGAUUUUUAUCUAUUUACCUUUGUUGUAACUGCCCUGUGGCUUAUAUGCAAAUAGUGGCAUAUACAUCACUGAAGCAUCAUUGAAGAGAUGCUGAUGAUAAUAAUGCUUUUUAGAUUAUUUCUGUUUUUAAUCACUUAUUUUUCAUUUCUCUACCACCCCUAAUGCAGGUUGAGCUGGCUACAGGUCAGUUCCCCUACAAGAACUGUAAAACAGAUUUUGAAGUCCUCACCAAGGUGUUGCAGGAAGAUCCUCCCCUUCUCCCAAACAACAUGGGAUUUUCUGUGGAUUUCCAGUCCUUUGUGAAAGACUGGUGAGUGAAGUGCCUUAAAUUCAUGUUAUGUAGAGCGGCUGCUUCAACAUUUCUUACAUAGACAGGAAGCCCUGCAGUUCCAGCUGGUUCCUCACUUUCCUGCUGAACUCUUGCACACCAGUUGCUUUCUCAGAUAUUGGCUAAUGUUCAUUCUAGGGCACCCCAUCUUCAGUACUAUUAGUAGUGUAUAUAAAAGAAUUGGAACUGUUCUGCUUGUUCAAACUGGUACCAUGCUCUUCUAAAGACUGAACUCAACCUCUGCUGGUGAUUUCCACCUAGAAAGGAAAUCCCAUAUCUGCCUCCAGGACAGCUGUGCUUAAAUUCUGGGCUAGCACAUCGUUGUGUAUGACCUCUUCUUGUCUACACAUUCCUGGCUCUUACCUCUUUUCUGUGUCUGAUGUACCGGUUCUAAAGGUGUAAGAAGUCCUUCAUUGCCACGGAAAUAAAAAGUAAUAUGUCGUAAGUUAGUUACAUUUCCCCAUCUUUCCUUGUUUCCAUUCCUUCCAACAAUUAGGCAGCUGUAAAUGAAUUGCACUCCUUGCAACUGGCAUUGACACUUCCACAAAUGUUCAAACAGAAAAUCAACUUCUGAUAGUGAUUGUUUUGUUCCAGUUAACUUUGAGCUUAUGUGUCCAACUUGCCACUCCUGGAUUCCAUCAAACAACCCCACGUAAGAUUGUUGCAAACUGCCAUGGGAUACUGGGCAUAGGAAGUUGACCCUGAAAGAUUAUUGGUAUGGCAGGAUAAUGGACUUCAUCCUGUUUGGCUGAGAGAGUUUGAAACUUAGAGUAGACCUAUGUCAAUAUGAGCUCUGUUUGCAAGGAUCCAUUAUGCAUCAGGUAGUGGAAACAUGCCGUGUUGGUUGCUCCAUAAAAUAAAUUGGAUCAUGUGUUUUGAAUGUGUGUUUCUGUUAUUUCUAGCCUUACUAAAGAUCACAGGAAGAGACCAAAGUACAACAAGCUACUUGUAAGUAUUGGUCACACCUCUUUCAUUGUGAAUAUUUUAAAAAAUCCCCCAGGGCUUGGAAAAAGGCCACAGUGGGUGCUUCUGCCAAUCCUUAAAGUUUAGAAAUAACCAGUAACAUUUCUUGGAACUAGUUUGUGCCAACUGGCAUGGAAGCUGAGAUUAAUAAAGUGACAUCCUUUCUUUUCUCCACAUAGUUUCUUUAAAGGAGAGGGAAAGUUCUUUUACUUUUUUAUUUGACUUUGGUCAGAUUUUUCCCUGCUCAUGUUUGGUGCUGUUGUGUAUCCUCCUUGUUGCUUAGCUAUAGCUGACAACUGUUGCUCACAGCUCUGUAGAAAUAACACAGGUGGUGUGACUCCCUUGCUUAUUUUCCAUCUCGUUUUGCCUGUUCCUUUGCAGGAACAUAACUUCAUCAAGCGUUAUGAGACACUGGAAGUGGAUGUGGCAUCCUGGUUCAAAGAUGUCAUGGCUAAGACAGAGUCACCCCGCACGAGUAGCAUCCUUAGCCAGCACCACCUGCCAUUCUUCACCAGGUAGCCAUGUAGAGUGGCUAUUGUGCCAGGGAAGGACCCCUUGGCAGACAGAGCUUGCAAGGUGGGGCAAGAGAGAGCACCACAACAGACACCUGCCCUCACAGCAGCAACUCUUCAGUGGCAUGAAUUGUUCGCUUCACCUGCUCAAAUCACCCUUGCCCAUGUUGUCUUUUCCUUCAGUAUUGCCAUGAAGAGAUGGGGUGGCUGUCUGGUCUUUCUGGAAUGUGGGUGUGUUCUAGAGCCUUUGGCAUUUCUGGCACCAGGCAGCCCAAGAAUACAAGGCCUUUUCCAGCCUGUGCUUGUUAUCUUUCUGUGAUAGAGCGCCUGCCAUCCGGAGUUGCCACGAAGUGACAGCUGCUCCCUGCUUGUCUCUCUCCACCUUGUCUGGAGGCUCAACAGUGACCCUUGCUCACGCACUGUGAACAGACACAAAACACGCAAAAGGAAAAAGAAGAUAUUUUUUUUACCACUUAUUUAUUAAGUUUGGACUUGUGGUGCUGCGGGCUGCCUGCUGCACCCGUUCACCCAUCCCUGCGUUAUUAAUGUCUGUUUUUGUUUUUUGUUUUUUCGUUUGUGUUUUUGGGAUUGUAUUUGCUGAGAGGGAAUGGGGCUGGACGUAGAUGGGUCGUCUGCUGCUUUAGAUUCUGAGCUUAGCUGUUGCUGUUGUCUUGGUUUCAUUUUUUCUUAGGGCUUGGGGAGACAGGAAAGUGUAAGUUUGAGAAUUAUUCUCAUCCAAGAGUAGCUCAGUUAAAGUGAUUUUUUCCCUCUUCAAUUCUUUUUGAACUCAGGGGUUCCUAUCUUUUGUUUUGAGCGUGAACAAAGUUUUGUCAGUGGUGUUUUAUUUACCAAAGUGUGUGUUUGGUGCUAGGAUAAAUGCUUGUUCAUUUUCUUCCAGUAUUUAAGAAAAGGAAAAGCAGAACUUAAAAGAUAAUCCUGGCAUCAAGAAAGCCAUUUUUUAAAAAAAGAUUCAGCCCAAAUGAUUCUUACUGCUGUGUCUUAGGGAUUCUUUAAUAUAUUGAAAUAGUAACACAUUUAUGCCCUAUUGUGGACUUAAUUGACUCGAUUCUUAACUGGUCACAAGUGUGUAUCUCCAGUUGAGAAUUGGUCAGAGUUUGCUCUUUGGAGAUCAUGGGCUAGAAUCUGCACUGUCUGUCUAGAUGCUCAGACUUCAUGAAAUCUCAGAGGCGGGAUUCUAAAUUAUCCAAAAGGCUUGGAGGAUGAAGGCUGAGCACCCUCCUCAAUCCUACUCUUUCAGAAUAAAGCUUUUUUUUCUGCUAGUGUUUUUAACAGGAUAAGAAGCCAGAAGGGACAGAAUUCCAAUUAACUCUAAUUGGCAGGCAUUCCCAAAGUGUUGGGGCCAUGCUGUAGGCACCAAGGUCUCUGGGUCAUUGAAGUUGUCAUAUAAACCUUUAGGGGCAACAAUUGCCACCAUCCGCCUUGGGAAUGAGAGGUGGUCAGAGACUUUGGGAAUGAAUCCUGGUUUUCUUCUUGAGUCAAUUCUGCCAAUCCCAAUUGCAUUUCAGGUAGUCCAGAGGUUAAAGCACAGUCCUGAAGCUCUGACUGUUAACCUGAAGGUGAGGCUUAUUCCUGCUUUCUCUUGCUAGCAAAGGUUGGAGUACCAUAAUCUUAGCUCUUGUCUCAAUCCUAUGGAUAUUUGGGUCAGAGUGGUUACUUGUGGCGCAGGCAUGAUGGUGCACUGCAUUGUCAGAUGCCGUACUAUACUAGAUGUAUAGAUCAACUUCAUGAACCCAACACACACACGCACACAGAAGUUUUAGACUAAAGUCAUAACAGUACUUGGGAUGUCCUGAAAAGGAGAUGCUCCUGUGGUCAUUGAUGAUGCUGGGCUGUCUGCUUAGUACAACUCCUUGAGACAUGAUUCCAUCUAUAUUCUGGCUGUUUCCAAGGGGGAGCUCCUAUAUUGUAUUAUGUUUCCAAGGGGGGCCAAAAUUAGGUACAUUCAGUGGCAGAAUUAGUGGAGGGAGGAGCAGUUACAGCAUAAUCCAUGUUCGGGCAUGUCCUACAAAGUGCUUGGGGGUGCUGGGUAACCUGCCAGAAAGUCAGACCAGACCAAGAGGGUCCUUUGAAAAUGGGGCAGUGCACUUGCUUGACUUGUGAAGAAGUAGGUGGGUGUUUUCUGUGACUGAUUAGAUUUUUAGAGUGGAUAGUUGCUAACAAAAUGAGGCAAGUUACCAAAGAGCUUGGAGGACAUGGAGAGUUCAUUUCCUGAGAGGGUGGAGGUCUUCAUUCUUUGUGACUGGGACAUCGUUACAACACAGUGUGGAAGUUCAGUUAUUCUGCUGACCUCAGUAGUGACUGUUAAUGUGGCAGAAUUUUUCGGAAUAUGAAGGAAGGCAAUUUCAUUUGCACACAGGCUUUAUGAGUAGGUGGUUUUGUGCCUAAAAGAAAAUGGGUGGAGUGUAUUAUAUGAAAAGACAUUUGCUGUAUGAGAGAAAGUUGGAAGUGAAGAGCUGGUGAAAACUAAAAUGUGAGCAGAGACAGAAAGUUUCAGAUUUAAGAUGCGUCCAUACUGUUGAAACAGUGAGUGAAUAUUAAUGUUUUUUAUGGAAGUGGAGUAGGAAAAGCAAUGAAGUUUACCUGUGGGUGUCUAAUGAAAAACAGAAGGUGGUGCUGCGGUGCAUGUUUAAGAGAUGCCUAGCUUCCAAGAUGAAUUCCUUUAGUAUUGUGGAGGCUUCAACAAGAUGUUUAUUUAGCCUCUUCUGUGAACUUUGGCUAUGAUGUCUUCCUAAACUCUCCAGAAUUUUAAGAAAAUCUGAGUGUUUUCCAAAGACAUUAUGCCACAGUUUGAAAGUAGCUUGAAAAUAGUGUGCUAAACCAUAGUUUGAGAACCAGGAACAAACAACAAACUCACACACUUACCUUUCCCAUUAGUGAUCUGAUCUUGUUAGAGUAAACUACAGUUUCCCAUUGGAUCUGAAAUAGUAAACUGAGCUGUUACAGUUCUCUAGCAGUAAUAAUAAACCAUGGUUUGAUCCUGGUUAGUAAAAUAACAGUUUGCCAAUUCAGACACAAUGGGGAAUUGCAGCUGAAACUAACCAGGAUCUCUGCACCAACACGGGGGGGGGGGGGGUAAAGGGGGAGAAUGCAUGCCUGAUGUUUGCUGACUUCCUAAACUUUGAUUUAGAGAGUCAGUAAUGUACAUCCAGACAUGGUUUUGAUUUCAAGAUAUUGAGUCGUGCUUUUCAAAAAAAUAAAUAAAUGGGUGGUUCCGCAUAGGCAAAAGACUUUGUUAUUUUCAAUAGCAAGAUCUUUUUGCCGUAUUGGAAGCUCUUUGGGUAGAGGACAAACAUAGUAGAAAUGCAGUUUUGUGUUUCACUUGAGCAAAAUAACAAGAAAGCUCAUUAAGACUACUUGGAGAUAUCAUCUGUCGGGGUGAAGGGCAUAGGAGAUCAUUUUGCCACAGAAAUGUGUUUUGGUUAGGAAUCGUUCAGGCCUCCCAACUUCAAAUUGAUACAAGAAUGAUCCCAUAAAGGUGCAGAUUUGAGAUGUCACUUGCACACAAAAAAUGGUUUGGAGAAGAGUAAAGCAUGCUUUCUAGGGCAUCUUCCACAAGAUGACAAGAAGAGCAGUACACUGUCAAAAUAUUGAACUGCCUAGAGAAGGAGUGGGGAGAGGCUAAAACCCCUUAUAGCAGAGGACAAGGUAGAGUGUCUGAAAGAUAUAAUGAGAAACUCAUAGGAGAACUAAAGCCCUGGUGACCAGUAGGACCAGUUGCAGUAGUCUUCUCCGUGGAUGAUCUAUCUCAGUGAUAGGCCCUCACCCUUCUGCUUGCUUUUGCACAGUCCAGCAAUUGUGGAGUUAGUCACCACUUUUGAGAAUUCAUCUUGGAAAGCAGGCUGGUAGUCAUCAAAGGUCUGAGCGUGUCUUGUCGUUUUGUCCGGGAAGUGAAGCACCUUGGGUAGAGAAUGCUGGCGCAGGUGCGGGAACAGAGGAGAUAUUGUAAGUGUAAAAAGUUGGACUCGAGAUCCAGGUGGAAGAACAGCACGUGCAAGUUGAGAAUGGCACUGGGCUGUGUGUAGAAGAAAGUGGUGUUUAAAAUUGGAUGUCAAGUUAAUGUGCGGUGUGUACUGGGAAGUACAGAAGGUGUGGGAAAGAGAUAAAUAGAAAGGGUUAGUAGAAGCAGUCCAAUGGGAGCGGUUUUAUCGCCUUGUCCUAAAAGCUGGGUGUGCCCUCCUUUUGGCUCUACAACCUGUUCUUCCAUUGGACUUCUAUGAAAUGUACUUUAGCAAAUGAAGCAUACUAGUUGGCAGAGAACUGGUGAUACAUGGUAUGACAACUGGCACUGGUACCUUUCCAAAGUGGCUGAUAUCUAAAAGUGGAACUAGCAGUGGAUCUACCUUCUGGCUUGACCUAAAAACCAUGGUUUAGCUUUAGAGCACAGAGCCUCUCAAAACUUUUUUAUUAGCAGUUGCCAGCAUGAAUUGGUUAAUCUUUAGUGGCUGGCUAGGCCCUGGAAAUCUUAAAUCAAGAAGCAUUGGUUGGAAGAUAGUUGAGAGUACAAGAAUUAGAGCACUGGGUUUUCUAGUGCUAAUGGAAAGCAGGUGCCCCUAAUGAUGGAAUUGGCUUUGCAAUGAUGAGAUUUUUCUCUUUAAAGAUGGCUUUUGGGUUUUGUUUCUUCUUGGUGUUUAAGAAUUUGUAGGUAUCUGCUUUGCUGCUCCUAAAAGCUUUAUUCCGUUUAAGAUUCCAAGUGAUGGAACUGUCAGGUCCUAUGAAUAAGUGCCUCCUGUAAUGUAACUCCUGAAAAGCUAUUUUGUCCGUUGAUUUUUUUAGUGGAUAUUUAUUGAACAUUUGUGUCGUAUCUUGUGAACUUGGAAUUUAAGAAAAGAGCCCUUUUUUAAAAAAAAGUUGCUUAAAAUAAGUAACUUCAGCUUUGCGCUGUUUUAACUUUCCAUCAGGAAGAUUGUUCCAGCCAUUAAAUAAAUAUAUAAAUCUUUUGGCUCUCCUUUCUCUAGUGCCUCAAGACGUCAAGGUUUAGAAGUGCUCCUCCCACAAAGUUGUGAAAUAAAUUUGCCUGCAUGUUUGGAAAUGUGACGUAUGAGAUUUUUCCUGCACAUUUCAUCAUAUGUACAGCAGAGCAGUAGCUAGAAGAGAUACCAAGAGAUUUCUCCAGGUGUCUGAGUUUGUGUUCUUGUCUUAGCAAGGCAAAAGAUACCAGCAAGGGUCUUCAAGGGAAUUAGACUGUUUGCAUGCAGGUACUUCAGUACAUAGUGAAGUAUGUACUUGAGUAUUUAUAAAAUGACUAUUAGAUGAAACGCAGUACAAUGACUUGGUAAAGUCGCAGAACUAAAUCAGAUUUUUUUUUUUGUAAAAAAAAUAGAAGUUGUGCAAAUGUCAAUUAAGGUUAAAAUUCAAAAUUGAAAAUAUUUCUUGUGAACUGAAAAUUUAUCCUGAUGGAGAACAUGGCCGGUGUUCAAAAAAAAUGGGAGGGGGUAGAUUAUAAAACAUAAUAUUUACACAGGUUCAGAAUUAUUAGAUUGUUGUUCAGCAUUUGAAGCGGAAAGCUUCUGGGUUCACUUUAAAAAAUUGCACAUUUGUCCCUUUCAAGAAAUGAGUUUGGAUACAGUAUUCUAUUUCCCUUUGGACUUGAAGCUCUCAAACACGGCAGACCACCCAAAAACAAUUGACCUCUUGAAGAGCCUGGUUCAUCUUCCCUUUACUUCAAGAGAAAGCAAGAAUAACCUCUUAUCAGGAGAUUGCCUAACUCUCAAAUGUGGAAGGGUGUUUUCCAUUCUCAAAAGAAGGUUUUAAUUUAGCUUGCCAUGGUGGGGGGAGCUUACAGGGGUGGGAUAGGUUUGGGAAACGUUAAAGGUUUUUUCAAACGUUCAAAAACACAAGAUGUCUUUUCAAGAAAAAUUGAGGAAAAAAAUGCAGUUUUAUUGCAUUUUUUAAAUUAUUUUUUUAAUGUAUUAAUUUAGAACAAAUCUUUGUUAAUGUUAUUUUUAAUCUGGAUGGCUAAAUGUUUACAAUCGCCUGCCUGACAUCUGCUCUUAAAGUGUGUGGGGAUAUUGGGGUGGGGGGGGCACAGGUGUGCAGCGUGUGGUGCAUGCAAUUCAAAUGGGGGAUUUUAAAACAAACAAAACUGUAAAAAAAAAAAAUCAUGCCAAAGGUAAGGCAGAGACUAGCUGGGUAGAUGGUUAUAUUCUAGACAUUAGCAUUUCACUAUAUUCUCUAUAUACCAUAUAUUAUAAAUUUGCAUGUUAAAGUAAAUAGAAGUAACUUCUAUCUUAUACAGAAAGGGACUUUAACUUUGGAUUACUUGUAAAUUUGGUCACUUGUCUUGAUUCAGGACUGCCUGAACACCUUAAGCUUUAGGGGCUGCUUGAUUUUGUUUUUGUAUUUUGUUUUAUUUUUGUAGCCACCAAACUUUUGCUUUGCUGCCUUUUCAUUAAAAAGGGCAUGAUCCAAAGUUUCAUAGAGGGUUUUGAGAGCAGAGCUACUGAGUGGUGGCAGCCAAAUUGACUUGAGUUGCAGCCACCAUAGAACUAGUAGCCAAUUUGCUGUAUCUUCUCCAAUGCUGUAUCUUCCUUUGCUGACCUGUUAUACUGAAAUCGGCGUCAUGGAAACACCUGGAAGCUUUGUAUCACGGACAUCCACCAGGACAAUGCUGUACUCAUGUGAGCAGUCAGAAGGUUUCAGACGGCCAGCAGUUUAGCUUUGCUUGCUCAACCAACCUCCCUCAUGUUAGUUCCAAGUAAUCAAAGCUACACUUUUGUGCACAUUUAUUUAUUGCCCACAGGGAACUGUGUGUGUGUGUGUUUAAUUUAUUUUUUAAAACUUCCCUUUCUUUGACUUCUUAUGGAGGGUGUAUUUUUCAUUUAUAGUAUUUGGUGAGUAGACUGUUUUCUCAAAGUGGAGGAAUGGAGCAUCACAAACAGAUUUAAUUUCAGGUUGCAGACCACAGUCCAAAUUAAUUCCAGUGCUUGAUUCUUCUCUAAGAGACUUGAAAUGCUUGGGCUGUGGUUGGGCACGCGAAGUCUUGGAAUCAUGUAACUUUAAAAUUCCCAGGAUUCAAUAUCAUAAGGAUAAGAGUCGGUGAAGUUGCUCAUAGGUAAUAUUGGAAGAAGGACUGAGGCUGGAAAUCAAGAGAAUCAUGAUUAUGCAGAUUGACCAAACUCUGUGUUGAAGAAUUCAUGAAAUUUGCUUUAAAAUGAUAAUUAAGCUGAUAAGUUGAAUAUUUAUGCGUGCCUGCUGGCUUCAGAAUUUUAAUGUAAAACAAGUGCUAGUCAGUUACCUUUUAAGAAUUUUUUUUUCUAAUGUAGAUCAAGCUGUUCUAGGUUAUUCUCCAAACACCCGAUUCACAAGAGUUGCAGUCAAAAACAUGAGAAUUUAUAGCCCUGUAAAAGAGGAAGAUUGACCUGGAGAUGAGUUGGAGAACUUGCAGACACCCUGCCAAUAUUGAGUUUUAUUCCCAAGUAGAGAGAAAAUACUGUUCCUCUGUAGCUGUAGUGGAUUUUGCCCAAAUACAAGAACACAAUAUUUCAGGAUGGUAGCAUAGGAAUUGGCAUGCAACAUGAACUGAUGGGGGGUGCCUGUAGGUAGAGGAAAGGGACUUAGGAGAGACAGUUCACAUUACUUGUUUCUGUCACAUCCUAGUUUUAGAGAUGGUUUGUACACUCACACAGUGAAGUUUGGAGAAAUGGUUAUCUCAGAGAACUUUGGGAUCAGGUCUGGAGAGAAGUCCUGUUUUGUUUAUCCUGCUUAAGGGGAGCUUCUUAAAAACAACAAAAUUGUCACCAUAUAUAUAUAUACACUUACCUGUAGAGUGGUUCUUAAUUUUUUAAAAAAUAAUAAUUUGGCUCUAGCUUCACAUUGGUGCUGUAAACCAAACCAUUUUAAAAAGAAAGUAAUGCUCUAUAUACCAAAGUAUUUCAGCUAUUUGUUUGGAAGUUUGUGGAGUUUUUAAUAGCAUAACCAUCUCCUUCCUAUCCCCACAGCAGGCCAUUUUAUUAGUAGCUCUCCUUACUUACUUCCAGUUUAAUGUCCGGUUAAUGGACCCUCUUUAUCUUGUUGGAGGGUUUUUCCCCACCAGCACCAGUUGUUCCCAGAGCCAUUUGUCACGGGCAAGAAAAGGUUUAAUGUGGCUUAGUAUGCUAGAUGUUAUAAUGACGUUCCGAAAGCAUGGAAAUGGCUUAUCCCAGGGAUAACAUGUUGAGUAAAUUCCAAUAAAGUAAGUACUGGAGUUUGUCUCAGAAGAGGAAUGUUCUGAUUUAUGAUUUGAUUUUAAAUGAUUUCAGGCUUAGAGUGCCCUAGGCCCUCUGGCCAGUUUUGGAGGUGAGUGGAUAAUUUGCUGAGCUCCUUGCUUUCCCUACAUGCUGAGAAAUCAGAAAUCGAGCAGUUGCCCUUUUUAAAAUAUCAGUUGUACCUUGGAUUUUAAAAGAUAAUAAGAGAAUAGUAUCUCCCUGGGGUGUCUUCAAGAGUCUUUGUGAAACACUCUUUUCUAUGGGACCCAACCUUGUAGGUUCAGUCCAGCAACAUAGGACAGUUCAGUGUCACUUAUUUCCAGUUAUGGUUUGCUAGUCACCUCUCAGUGCGAUUUCACUGUCCUAAAUUUCACUGCCCACUGCUUGGCAUGCACCAAAUUUUAGAACAGAGACUUUCCUUUUCCUAGUCAGCACCCCACCUCCCCGUCAGCAGUCCAAACAGCUUGUCAGAAGUAGUUGCCUGCCUCCAAGCAGCGAGGCCAGUCUGAUCAAUUUUAGUGGAACUUUUGGAUUUAGAAACAUACCUACAAUAGUAUAAGGUAAAUGACAUUCUUGCUUACUUUUGAAAAGCUUUUUUUUUACUCUGUUUGUAAAAACCCUCAUAGAAGCUUAAAAAUAAAACUCUCUUUCCCUAAA